GCGCCUCCCAACACAUCAAAACAUUGCAUAGUCAUCAGUCCGUCAGCAUCGUUCUGUUCAGUUCACGUUCUGCGAGGUUUGCGGAACGAAAUGCAUCUUUGAGUUCUAUCGCGGUUCAAUUCGGAUACCCCGUGUUAAUCAACAAUGAUAGUUAAUUUGCUACGAAGCAGUUGCAGCCGAACAAUAUUCCAUCGGAGAAAUGUUCCGCCGCCGUCCAAAAUAGCGUGUUUUUCGUUACGUCACAGUGAUUGGUCAAUUUGUUCGCGAUAUCCGCACUCGUGGAAUGGGACACUUGAUAAGGUAAGAAACGCCGGAUGUUACAGCUCGAUUAUAACCGGGAGGAAGUGGCCGGUUCCCCGCCUGACUCGUACAAUGAGUAGCACAUCAUCGGCACCGAGCUCCACAAGCAGGGAGACAAUUCAGACACCUGUGGUGCAAUCACAGAAACCACCGAAAGUGAAACUUAAAUCAACAGACGUGAGACGGUUGCUAGAAUUUGCUAAACCGGAACGAUGGAAUAUAACCGGUGGUAUUGGCUGUUUGAUGCUUUCUUCCGCAAUUACAAUGUCCGUACCGUUCGGAUUGGGUAAGGUGUUGGAUGUGAUUUACGCUACCUCCGGGGAAUCAGGCAUUGCCAAGGAGAAGUUGGAUCAGUUUUGUUUGUUACUGGCGGGUGUGUUUCUGAUAGGCGGGUUGACGAACUUCGGACGAGUAUAUCUUUUUAGUAAUGCUUCUCUACGGAUAACCCGUGACAUCCGGGCAAAGUUGUAUAGCUCCAUGCUGAAUCAAGAGGCCGGAUGGUUCGACCAGAAGGGAACCGGUGAGCUGGUCAAUCGAUUAUCAUCCGACACGUAUCAGGUGGGGAACUCGCUCAGCAUGAAUCUCUCCGAUGGUCUCCGAUCGACGGUAAUGGUUAUGGCUGGUACUGGAAUGAUGGUCUACACCUCGCCGCAGCUAGCCCUGGUCGGUAUGUGCAUCGUUCCUUGUGUAGCCGGUAUGGCCAUCUGCUACGGACGCUUCGUGCGGAACAUUACGAAGGAGGUGAUGGAUAAGUACGCCGACAUAAUGAAGAUCGGUGAGGAACGAUUAGGCAAUAUCAAGACGGUUAAAAUGUUUUGCAAGGAGAAAUUCGAGAAUCAAAUGUUCUCUGAACAACUAAUGGAUGCCCUUAAUAUUGGAUACCGGGAGACCAAGGCCCGAGCAACGUUCUACGGAAUGACUGGUCUUUCCGGAAACAUCAUCAUUCUAUCGGUGCUUUACUACGGCGGAACGAUGGUGAGCAACAGCGAAAUGACGGUGGGAGCUCUAACUUCGUUCAUUCUGUACGCCGGAUACACUGCCUUAUCCAUAGGAGGUCUAAGUAAUUUCUACACCGAGUUAAACAAGGGAAUCGGCUCGGCAACGCGGCUUUGGGAGAUUAUUGACCGGAAGCAUACAAUUCCGGUGGAAGGUGGUCUUGUAUUAAGUGAGAGCCCCAGGGGGAAGAUUGUGUUCGAUAGAGUUAGUUUCAAUUAUCCAUCCCGAUCGCAUGCAACUGUUCUGCGGGAUCUUAGUUUGACGAUAGAGCCUGGAACUUCGACUGCCGUUGUUGGACGAAGUGGUUCGGGGAAAUCGACAAUUGCAUCACUACUGUUGAGGUUAUAUGAUCCUCAAGCUGGCACUAUUUCAUUGGAUGAUCGUGAUCUGCGGGAUCUAAACCCUAUGUCCCUGCGACAACAUAUCGGAGCUGUGAACCAAGAACCAAUUCUGUUCAGCGGUACUAUUCGAGAAAACAUUCUAUACGGACUGAAUCUAGGUGACAAAAUAUCAGAAUCUGAAUUUGAACGAGUAAUACGCGAAGCACACGUGUACGAAUUCGCCAAGGAUUUCCCCGACGGUUUGAAUACACGUGUCGGUCAACGAGGUAUCAUGCUUAGCGGUGGUCAGAAACAGCGAGUCGCCAUUGCCAGAGCCAUCAUUCGGAAUCCCAAAAUAUUGAUCCUUGAUGAAGCGACCAGCGCCCUUGAUGCCGUCUCGGAAGAACUAAUCCAAAACGCAUUGGAGAGCUUGACGAAGAAUCGAACCGUAUUGACGAUAGCUCACCGGUUGAGCACGAUACGAAAUGCCACCAACAUUGCCGUUCUGCAGGAUGGGAUGGUAGUGGAACAUGGAAACUAUGCCCAUCUUAUAACAAAAGAGGCUGGCAUAUUCAAAGAGUUGGUGCAAAGACAAACAUUUGCUUCUUCGACGUAGAUUAAAGUAGCUAUUAGGAAUUUGUUUUCAGGUGAGUCGUUUAUCUUUAUCAAAUAUUUUAUUUGAAAGGUAGAGAAAAAGUUGUAUUUUUUGUUCAUAACGAUGCGAACAAGAUUGUUUUGUAAUAA